CCCGCCCGCCCUUCGGUGUGUGGCCCCGGCCGCCAUGUUGUUGUGGUUGUGAGGAGGGAGGCGGAGGCGCCGAGCCGCAGAGCCGAGGGGAAGGCGGCGGCAGAAGCAGCAGCGACGACGACGCCGAGGGGAAGCCGAGCGACCACCGCCCUCCGAGCCGCCGCCGCCGCCGCCGCGCCCCGUUGGGGGGUGGGGAGGAGGGACCCCCGCCAUGGCCGGCCGCUGCCACCGCCGCUGGAUCUGUCUGUCUAGCUGUAAAGGAGGAUUUUUUCCAAAAUCAUUCACCACCAGCACAAUCCUAACCAUGUCUACUCAGAAGGAAGUUCUAUUGCAUUCAGUGGGGCUUACUUCCAAAUAAAAGGAACCAAUUACCUUGACUUAAAAAAGAACAUUGAGGAUGCUGAAGGGAUCUAGAAGACAUAUGAAGAAAGGCUGAAGGAACUUUUGAAGUAACAGAACAUUGAACCAACGCCUGGAAUUUUUGGAAGGAAUAUUCUGGUACUAGCUGAUUGUUACAUGAUAUACAGCGCUACAGACAAUUGAAAGCAGGGACAAGGCUCUGCCUAUUAACCUGACUCUGUCAUGGAUGAAGAGACUCAACACAGCCUUGAAUGCAUCCAAGCUAAUCAGAUCUUCCCCAGGAAGCAGCUGAUCCGUGAGGAUGAGAAUCUCCAGGUCCCGUUCCCCGAACUUCAUGGGGAGAGCACUGAAUACGUAGGUCGAGCUGAAGAUGCCAUCAUUGCACUUUCCAACUAUAGACUUCACAUCAAAUUUAAGGAAUCAAUUGUGAAUAGAGUCUGUAAACUUGCCGCUUGUGAGCUCUCAGUUCCAUUGCAGCUUAUAGAGAGUGUUGAAUGCCGGGAUAUAUUUCAGCUUCACUUGACUUGUAAGGACUGCAAAGUUAUCAGAUGUCAGUUCUCUACUUUUGAGCAGUGUCAAGAGUGGCUUAAACGGCUGAACAAUGCCAUCCGCCCUCCUUCAAAGAUAGAGGAUCUCUUUUCAUUUGCUUACCACGCCUGGUGUAUGGAGGUGUAUGCUAGUGAAAAAGAACAGCAUGGUGAUUUGUGUCGACCAGGAGAACAUGUAAGUUCGAGAUUUAAAAAUGAGGUUGAACGGAUGGGUUUUGAUAUGAACAAUGCCUGGAGGAUCUCCAACAUCAACGAGAAGUACAAGCUCUGUAGCAGCUACCCUCAAGAACUCAUAGUUCCUGUUUGGAUCACAGACAAAGAGCUGGAAAGUGUGGCAGGCUUCCGAUCUUGGAAACGCAUCCCUGCUGUGGUUUACAGGCAUCAGGGCAAUGGGGCGGUCAUUUCCCGUUGUGGGCAGCCAGAGGUCAGCUGGUGGGGCUGGAGAAAUGCUGAUGACGAACAUCUUGUCCAGUCAGUGGCCAAAGCUUGUGCCUCAGAUUCCAAGUCUAACAGCAGUAAACUAGUGAAUGGAAACUGUUCAAGAGAUUUCUCCAAUGGAGGAGACCUCUCUGAUGUAGAAUUUGAUUCCUCCAUCUCCAACGCUUCAGGAGCAGAAAGUCUAGCCAUUCAGCCUCAGAAACUUUUGAUCUUGGAUGCACGCUCUUAUGCAGCUGCAGUGGCAAACAGGGCCAAAGGGGGAGGCUGUGAAUGCCCAGAGUAUUAUCCAAACUGUGAAGUAGUGUUUAUGGGAAUGGCAAACAUCCAUUCUAUUCGGAAGAGCUUUCAGUCGCUGCGUUUGCUCUGCACACAAAUGCCGGACCCAGGAAACUGGCUGUCAGCUCUGGAAAGCACCAAAUGGCUGCAACAUUUGUCUGUCCUUCUGAAAUCGGCACUUCUGGUAGUUCAUGCAGUGGACAGAGAUCAGCGGCCCGUCUUGGUGCACUGCUCAGAUGGCUGGGACAGAACCCCGCAGAUAGUGGCUCUGGCUAAGCUGCUGCUGGAUCCAUAUUACAGGACCAUCGAGGGUUUCCAGGUGCUUGUGGAGAUGGAGUGGCUGGAUUUUGGCCAUAAGUUUGCCGAUCGCUGUGGUCAUGGUGAGAAUUCGGAUGACCUGAAUGAACGAUGCCCAGUGUUCCUGCAGUGGCUUGACUGUGUCCAUCAGCUCCAGAGGCAGUUCCCCUGCUCUUUCGAGUUUAAUGAAGCAUUCCUUGUCAAGUUGGUGCAGCACACAUACUCCUGCCUCUUUGGUACAUUCCUGUGCAACAACGCGAAGGAGAGAGGUGAAAAGCACACCCAAGAGAGGACCUGUUCAGUUUGGUCUCUGCUGCGAGCAGGAAACAAAGCCUUCAAAAAUCUGCUUUACUCCUCCCAAUCAGAAUCUGUGCUGUAUCCUGUGUGCCACGUGCGAAACCUCAUGCUGUGGAGUGCCGUUUACUUGCCAUGUUCUUCCCCUUCGACCCCUGCGGAUGACACCUGUGCCCCUUACCCAGUCCCAGGUUCCAGCCCUGAAGAUCAGCCUCUGGGCAGGCUGCCAAAGACAAGAUCAUUUGACAAUCUGACAAUGGCUGGUGACAGCAGCGUACCGACAACCAACCGGCGUAGUAGCGACCCCAGCCUCAACGAGAAGUGGCAGGAGCACCGCCGGUCCCUGGAGCUGAGCAGCCUUGGGAACCCGGAGGACGACCCCUUUGACGGAGAAUGUGUGAGCAAACAAGGCAGGACUCUGGUUGGAGCAGAGCUUUCAGUGGCUGUAGCAGAGGGGCAGAUGGAGAACAUUUUGCAAGAGGCUACCAAGGAGGAAGUGAGCCUGGAGGAGUGUGUGAGGGGCAUUCCAGAAACGGCAAGUAAAGAAGAGGGAGAGGACACUGCUCUUGAUAAGGAAAGCAGGACUGAGAACCUGGACAGCUCUACUGAUAACAUGGGUGGGAAGACCGAACUGGAUACAGCAACUUUAUUAGACAAUCCAGUUUCCAGCCCACAGAUGGAUUUACAGGGUGCUUUUGAGCUUCAGGGGCAAGAUGAGCUCCAUUACGAUGUCCAGAAACCAUCUGAGGUGAAGGAACUACGGCUUGGCUUUUUGGGCAAUGCUGUAAAUAGUAACAUUCAAAGAUCAGAGGAGGACAGUGUUAGUAGGCUACCUGUAGAGGUCAAAAUCCCUCAGGGCACUCCCCAGCCCAGCCUCCCAUUUCCUGUCCUGCAUGAGAUGGGAACAUCAAACAUGGAGAGCUCUACAGAAACUUUAACAGAGAAUGGGGCAAAGACGGAGCUGAUCCAGAAUGUCUCUUGCCAUUGGCUCCAUCCCAUGGACAACAGUGCUGGCGAACUUUCCCGCACUGUUGAAAGACGGCCUGAGAACGAGGACUCAAUAGAGCUACACAAACUGGCAGCGAACCUAAACAGGACUACUAAGAGCAGCAGCUUACAUGACCCAAUGCCUUCACCUUGUGCCUUGCCUUUAGCUGACUAUAAAGAGAUUGUGUGCAAUGGAGAGCUGGAGCCUGAGAACAAGGUGGCAGAGAGCCCGGCAGGGUUCAGUGUUACCCAGAAAUACCCUGCACCAAAUGGACACUGUGUGAACGGGGAGGAAGGUAGGGUAAAGGCUUCCCUCAGCCAACAGGUCUCUGCAGCUAGCUGUAGUUCUGCCCCGCUGCAUCUGAGGAAUUUGCACCACAAGUGGGUUCAUGCUAUUCCAGGCCGGCAGCAGACAGCAAACAGCCCAGACCAGCCUGCCCGGAGUCACCUGGAUGACGAUGGGAUGCCAAUCUAUGCCGAUGUCAUUCAGCAGCGCCUCCGCCAGAUUGAAAGUGGGCACCAGCAGGAAGUGGAGACUUUAAAGAAGCAGGUGCAGGAGCUGAGGAGCCGUCUAGAGAGCCAGUACCUGAACAGCUCGCUACGUUUCAACGGGGAUUAUGGGGAUGAAGUGACUUCAAUCCCUGACUCGGAAAGCAAUCUGGAUCAGAACUGUUUGUCUCGCUGCAGUACAGAGAUUUUCUCUGAAGCCAGCUGGGAACAGGUGGAUAAACAGGACACAGAGGUGACACGAUGGCUUCCCGAUCACCUGGCUGCACACUGUUACGGCUGCGACAGUGCAUUCUGGCUUGUCAGCAGGAAGCACCACUGCAGGGACCCUGACCGUGUUGAUCAGACUUGGAAUUGUGGGAAUGUCUUUUGCUCCAGCUGCUGUAACCAGAAGGUGCCGGUCCCCAGCCAGCAGCUCUUCGAACCCAGCCGGGUCUGCAAAUCCUGCUACAGCAGCUUGCAUCCCAGUAGCCCCAGCCUUGACCUCGAACUGGACAAACCUAUUGCUGCCACCUCAAACUGAGGCUCCAGCGUGGAAGGAAAGCUGGGAAGAGACAGCACCACCUUUCCCUGCUAAGCAGAUACGCACAUUUCUCUGCUGACUGAAGCUGGUAGGACUGGAGAGAAGCCUUGCACUCUGGAGUUGGGAGGAGAGAUGACAUGCUCAGAGAGACAGGAUGCUGGGCCUGUACUAGUGGAGCAGAAACCCCUCCUUUCCAGCUGUUCCUCCCAGUGUCAUUUUCAUCCACCUCAUGUAAAUUUUGUGUGGAUUUUGCUGGAAGACGACGAAAAGAGGGUCUGGAAUCUUCCCCGCUGGCAUUUCUGUUGCCCUGCUGUCAUAACUGUGCUGCAGACGGAUGAUUCUACCUUGCUGUGAGAGGAAGGGUAAUCGGUCCAGAGACCUUGUGAAUACCUUGUAGCGUCAGUGCUUAUGCUUUCUUUUUUCCCAGUCACUCCUGUUACUUCCCAACAGCAACCUGCUGUUUGGGAAGUUGUUGCUGCUAGAAGAAAUGGGAGCUGCCUUCUCAAAAAAAACCUCUCUCCCUCUCUGUUCUUAGAGUGGGCUUAGCUAUCCUUGCUGCACGAAAGGGCAGGCGUGGCGGGGGGCGGGGCGGAAUGGGUUGCAGAUCUCCACGUUGGGCAGUCCUUUGCCGAUGUUGGCAGACUUGUGGCUCAAGGUAGGCAAUGCCUGGACCACUUUGGCUAAAGAAAGUGUAUGCUUGUUUGAGGAAAGUGAGAGGGAAGGGGGAUUGGACAGACCAUUCCUGUUCAGGGUUGUACUUUUAAACAGGCACCUGACUGUAAGACUUUUGUACAUGCAAUUUGUUUUGAAGGAACUGGUGUUUGGGCUUAUUACUAGCUGUUAAAAUGCUAUCCUUGCCCCCACUUUUUUCUUCUUAAAAAAAGAUAGUUUACACAGAAGGCAGAGCUGCUUCGCUGCACUGGGAAGGCUGCAUGCAAAGUCAAAUAAUAUUGUUGGCCAGGCUCCCCCUCUCACAAGGAGAACCCCAAAGCAAAUGGAGGAUGGUUUUGAUUUAUUGGGUUUUUUUCUGCCCAGGAGAGUCAGUGAAAACUGGUUUGCCAAGGCCCCCAAACUAGGGCAUUUUAACUGCCCCCCCCCCCAAAAGAUAUGUAUGUAAAGAUACAACUCAUCUAAAACGAAAAUGUGCCCCUUACAUUAAAAUCACUUUUCUGCUGCUGUGCUAUGAA